AUGAAGGAUUGUAAUCCAGCAAUGCAUGUACACAACAACCAAGUACUUACCCAAGAUAUGAGCCCUGAGACAGACAAAGAGAGAAAAUUCGUGAGAAAUGUUCACUACAGAGAAGCUAUAAACAGUUUCAUGUAUGUGAAGUUGGGAACCAGACUUGACUUCACGUGUGCAGUCACAGUUGUAAGACACUUCAAGUACGAUCCGGGCAUGCCUUACUUGCAGGCAGUUAAAAAAUCCGUGAGGUACUCAAACAGGACUAUGGAUUUGAAGCUGCCAUUUUCUGGGGAAGAGAACUGGAAUGUCACAGGAUAUAGUGAUGCAGACCGGGCAGGAGACAAGGAGGACAGGCAGUCAGUCAUAGGUUUUCUUUUUAAAUCACAAGGCGCUGUUAUUUCCUGGAGCACCAACAAACAGCUCAAAAUAGCUUUAUCAAUUACUGAAGCUGAAUAUAUGGCCCCAUGGCCCUGGCCACAGCGUGACAAAAGAGACUCUGGCUGA